UUCACAUUUCGAACUCUUAAUGUCAAUUAUUGUACACAGCUGCCAGACUUGUGUAGCACAGUAAUCGGUGUGCAUUGCAUUGCACUUCUUUUUGCAGACAACGUAACCGAUUUCAAUCGACAUAAUCAUGGAUUUAUAUCAUUUCUUGCAUACUUCAAUGUAACUGAACUUGUAUAUCAUUGAUCAAUCACCGCCAAAUGAGCGAUCAACAUAACUGUUUGAUCUAUGUUAGACACGUUAUGGGUAUGGUUUUCAUACUCACCCGUAAGAUUGGUUCAUCCAAUCAUCAUCGCACCCUCGUAACGUCGUAUGGUUAUACUUAAUUGAAACUUAUUAUCAACAGAGAUCCCGACAUAUGACACUCUUAUUAGUUUCUCUCUUGUCUAUGAAAUGUCCUUCGAGUAUGGAUAUGUUAGAUUGUCAAUGGACAUUAUUACAGUUCUAUCAUUUGAGAGAUUAAAGCCAUUCUCUCCCCAAACCCUAGCAUUUAGAUACACAAUUAUCACACUUUACCACUCAAUCUCCCUCUUUACUUGUCAACAAAUUCAAAUAACUCACGAGCCCUUAUGUACAUAAUUGAACUAACAAAAUUGUUGGAUACACACUUAAGAAUGAUCAACGUGGUCAAAUUAAUAUAACUAGCUAAAAAAUUAAACAAUGGGAGGGGUUGAAAUUGAAUCGAGGCAAACCAUUCAAUUAUUAAUAAUUGAACAUUAACACACUUGGACAUCAAAUUAAAUCACCAAUGACUUACAAUCAAGAUGGCUAAUCAAAUCAUAAGCAUGUUUGACAAUGCAUAUAUAAAUGUUAAUUUAAUAUUUCAUGUAAGAACUUAACAUCAUUUAAGUGAAUCAUAAUGCACUUAUACUUUUUUUAACUUCAUCUUCUUUUACUACUGUUAUUUGUUUAUGGAUGCAGAAUAGUGAAAACAAUAAAACAUUAUAAAAAAAAGCAGGGAAGAAGAAACAAAGAAUCUGACCAAAGAGGGAAAGAUUAAGAAUUUGGGAAAGAAAUUUAACAGACAAGGUAACGUCCACGUGGCUGCUGUCCACUGGGAUAAUGGAUAUUUCAUACAAGGAAAAAUUAUGAACAUGAUUUUCAUUUUUCUAACCCUUCCAAUUUAGCCUUAAUAUUCCAAAUAAUUUCCCUUUGGGAAAUCCCUUUUUUUUUCUUUUUUGCUUUUUCAUUUGCCUAUAAAUACCACAGCCCUCUUUCUCAUAUUCUUCACUUCUCAUUCUUCAGAGCAGAAGAUAGAGAGAGAAAGUUGGGUGGAGAGAGAGAGAAGCAGCCAUAGCCAUAGGCGCCAUUGAGAACCAGUAGCUAGGUCGAGAGAGAGGUCAGUCACUCACUCAUUCGUUUAAUCUUUCUCUUAAUCACUCUAAUAAUAUAUCAAUCAAACAAGCACAAGGAUCAGCUUGUAGCGAUUCUUUUGUGUGUAUGUAAUCAUUGUUAUUCAUUUUCCAUCAACAUAACAAUAAUUCGUGAGUUCGUUUCUGAAGUCUAUUUCCUGUUUACUCGAUCAACUCUUCACUCUUCUGGCGUUGAAACCAGAUAAUCACCUGAUAAUAAUAUAUUAAUCAAAUCAAAUAAAUCAAGAAGCAUGCAAAUUAGCUUUGUAGCUAUUCCUUUUGUGUGUUUGUAAUGAUUGUUAUUUAUCUUCUUAUACUCUUUACUCCAUAUACGAAUUAUGGUUGAUUUAAUUCUCUAUCAAUCUAACGCAUCAACGAUGAGUUCGUUUUUUACAUCUAUUUUCUUUUCGCUCAGUCGACUAUCCAUUUUUUUUGGCAUUCAAAAUCAAAUAGCGGGAUAGAGAGAGGUCAGCGAUCAUUUGUCAAUCACCUUGAUAAUAUAUUAAUCAAAUCAAACAAAUCAAGAAGCACGCAGAUUAGCUUUGUAGCUAUUCCUUUCGUGUGUUUAUAUUAUGAUAAUCUUUCCUCGUGUAAUUUAAUUAUGAAUUACGAUUGACUUAAUUCUCUACCAACCUUAAGUCAGCCGUUUCUGACGUCUAUUUCUUCUUUACUCAACUAUCCGCUUUUUUCCUGCUGCUGGGAUUUUCUUUUCGGAAUUCAAUCUCCCAAUUUAAAAAAUUAACAAAAAAAAAAAAAACAUAAAUUUGUUUGGUCGCUUUUAUUUGGUUUGGGUUUUUUUUUGGAGGGUUAUUGUCCCCCUACCAACCCUCUUUGUCCUCUCAGUUUCAUUGAUUCUUGGUUUCUAAUGGCCGAAAAUAAUUUCAUGACAAAGGUCAACUAGGCUCAGAAAUUCGGCUCCCUAUAUUUUAGGAAGAAUUUCAAUGAUGUUAUUACAAUCUUUAGUUUUUUUUCAAACAAACUAGGGUUAACUUGCCUUCAAUUUUUCUAGUAUUCCAUGGGUCGAGAUUGAACCGUUCCUUUUUUCUAUUGAUGAAUAGGACCGGUUCCGAUGACUUCACGAAGCACGAUUUAUUAUAAUUCGACAAUUAGUCGGUCAAUUUCACCUGGUUAAAUAAACUCAGUGACAGAUUUUCACUCUCUCAACUGUUCUCCUUUUUAUUCGAUGAAUUACUCUUUUUCUCGUACACACAAUAAAAUAUCGAAUUUGGGUUUUCCCCUUUUUCAUUUUUUUCUUUGCCUAGGAAAAUUAAGAUGGUUUAAUUUUUUAUGAUGUUUUGCUGAGAUCUUGAUCUGCAACGUUUUUCUUUAUCGUGUAUCAAUUAUGAUGGUUCAUUUGUAUCACAAUCAUCUAACCCUUGGGUUCUUUCUGUACUGUUCUAAACGGAGUCUUGUGAAUAUUUUUUUUUUUUCCUCUUCUGAUGUGUAGAAAGCUGAAAUGUCCAUGGAAGGAAACGGCACAGGCGAGACUGGACUCGUUGGUGACGGCCACCAAUUCGAUCCCAACACCUUGGCUCUCAACAACAACAACAACAGGGUUAACGACGCCGAUUACGACAGCAGGUCCGGUAGCGACAACUUCGAAGCUCCAUCCGGUGACGAAGAGCUGCUCGAACCCGAUCAGGACCAGCAACAUCCUAACAAGAAGAAGAAGAAGUACCAUCGCCACACUCAACGCCAGAUCGUCGAGCUCGAAAAUUUCUUCAAGGAGAAUCCGCACCCGGACGACAAGCAGCGGAUGGAGCUGAGCAGGAAGCUAGGUCUGGCGAGCAACCAGAUCAAGUUCUGGUUCCAGAACCGCCGCACCCAGAUGAAGGCACAGCUCGAGCGCCACGAGAACAUCAUCCUCAGGCAGGACAACGACAAGCUGCGCGCCGAGAACGCGCUGCUCAGGCAGAGCAUAACCGACCCGUUAUGCUCUGCCUGCGGCGGUCCAGUGCUGCCCUCAGCAGCGGCAGCAGCAACUGGACCGGCCGACGCGUCCCUCGAGCAUCAGCAGCUGAUGCUGGAGAAUGCCCGGCUGAAGGAGGAGCUCAGCCGAGUCUGCUCCCUGGCCAACAAGUUCCUGGGCCGGCCUCUCUCGUCCUCCGCCGCCGUGAACCCUAGCCCGGUGCUCGUUCCACCACCAACCUCCAGGCUAGGGUUUGGUAAUGGGUUCGGGCCCGUGAGCAGCAUGCUGGCCGCCGGCGGUGGCGGUGGCGGGCUGGAUUUCGGCCACCACCCGAUGAGUAGUAGUAUUCAUCAAGAUCAGUACGUCAACAACAAUUAUGACAAGACCGUGCUUGUGGAUUUUGCUUUGGGUGCCAUGAAUGAGCUGCUGAAGAUGGUUCAUGUGGAUGAACCCUUGUGGAUCAAAAUUGGUAAUCCUGCAGGUGAUAAUCAAUCUGCAGGAACUAGUAACAACAAUUGUAGCAAGGAGAUCCUCAACGUCGAAGAGUAUGCUCGAGUUGCUUCUCCGUCGCUCGCCCUGAAACGCACCGGAUUUGUCCGUGAGGCGACGAGGGAGACCGGCAUUGUCGUCAUUAACAGCUUGGCUAUCGUCGAAACGAUGAUGGAUGUGAAUCGGUGGGCCGAAACUUUCAAUGGGAUGGUUAGUAGAUGCUCCACCUUGGAUGUGAUAUCUUACGGCGUUGCUGGAACCAAAGAUGGCAAUCUGCUGAUGAUGCAAGCUGAUUUCCAAGUGAUAUCCCCCAUGGUCCCGGUGCGACAGGCCAAGUUCCUGCGGUUCUGCAAGCAGCACGCCGAGGGCGUGUGGGCUGUUGUCGACGUCUCUCUCGACUCGAUCCACGAUGGUUCGAGUUCCUCGUCGUCGUAUACCUUCCCGACGAGCACGAGGCUUCCCUCCGGCUGCGUCCUGCAAGACCUGCCCAACGGCUGCUGUAAGGUGACGUGGGUGGAGCACUCGGAGUACGACGAGACCUACAUCCACCGGCUGAUGCGGCCCGUGGUGAGCUCCGGGGUCGGAUUCGGUGCCAAACGUUGGAUCGCCACUCUGCAGAGGUACUGCGAGUGCAUCGCGAUCCUGUUGUCCUGCCCCUCGCCCGACCAGACUCCGGGGAAGAAGAGCGCGAUGAAGCUGGCGAGCCGGAUGCUGAACAGCUUCUGCUCGGGGAUAUGCGACUCCUCCAACUGCAAUUGGGAGAAGGUGACGAUGAUGAACAGCAACGAGGACGUGAAGGUGAUGAUGAGGAACAACGCGAACGAGCCCGGGGAGCCGCGCGGGGUGGUGCUGAGCGCCUCGACCACCGUGUGGCUGCCUGUGUCGAGGCAGAGGAUGUUCGAGUUCCUGAGCAAUGUUCGGACGAGGAGCGAGUGGGACGUACUCGGGAACGGCGCGGUCAUGCAGGAGAUGCUUCGUAUGGUCAAGGGUCAGACCGCCGGGAACUGCCUCUAUGUCCUCCGUGCUGCCACCCCCGUCCUGGAGGAUGGGAGCUUGGGGGAGGACAACCAGAUCGUGGUGCUGCAGGAGACGGUGAACGACGCGGCGGGGUCGAUGGUGGUGUACGCGCCGGUGGACGUGCAGUCGAUGGAGGCGGUGCUGAACGGCGGGGAAGGGAGGUUCGUGGCGCUGCUGCCGUCGGGGUUUGUCGUUCUGCCGGACGGCCACGGCGGGGUGGUGCAGCAGAAUGAUGUUGGCGGCGAGGAAGGACAGGCCGGCGGCGGUGGUGGUGGAGAGGGAAUGGUGAUGAGCGGGUGCGUUGUGACGAUUGGGUUCCAGAUCUUGGUGAACAACCUGCCGGUGGGGAAGCUGGCGGCGGAUUCGGUGGAUACGGUGAACAACCUGCUGGCGUGCACCAUCCAGAGGAUCAAGGACUCCCUCCAUCUUCCGCAGUAGGAAAGGAGCUGAUAAUAGCUAGACAGAGCAGAAGAAGAGCAUAACAUAAUUAGGUCAACUGAUAUAGGGCCAACAUUUCAGAACUAGUGUUUUUAAUUUUAUGUUUGUGUUUGAUUUGCAAUAUCCUGCUAAAAAAACUAUUUCAGGAUCCAUACAGCUAGAUGGGUAUUAUAUAUACCCUUUUUUAAGUGUUUUAAUUUGUUGUUUAUGGACUGCGCUCGAGCUGAUUCAUGUUUCCGUAACUUUAAUCAAAUGCGAUUGCGGCCGGCUGUUCUUUUCUAUGUUUGAUUUUUCUUCUUCUUCUUCUUCCAAUUUUGGGUUUUAGCUUCUGCAUUAAUUAUGUUGUGUUUAAGUUAAUCAUCGCCUUAAAUUGAAAGUGUGGUGAAUGAAUUAAUCUUGCGACCAACAUACAUCUUUACAAAAACAUAAAAUUUUGCUUUUUAUCUCCUUUUAAUUUUACCCUAAAAUUUCCAUUACGCUACACAUUCACUCACACCUCAAAAUGAGGCAUUAACAUGUUUGUGGAAUUGGAGUUUAAAUCUUUAGAUUAUAAAAUUUUAUAAAUUUUUAAAUAUUGGGAUUUUUUUAAAUAAAAGUUAUUCAUUAUUUGAUAAUUACGAUGGUCGAUAUUUAAUGGAUAAAGGAACUCAAUUUUUUUUUGUCAAUUGACAUUUUUAGCUUUAACUAAAAGGAUAAGGCUGAUUCAAAAUAUUGAGAAUUAUUGGUAAUGGUAUUUAGUAGAAUAAAAAAAAAGAUAAAAUAGGAGACAAAAAAUCUCAAUUCUUAAGUUGUGAAAUCUCUUUGAUUAUGAGUGAUUCAAGACCACCUCGCUCAAUUGUGCCGAUCUGGAAGGCGGAGUGAAUACACAACUUGGGGUUUGAAGCUUCUCGAGGUUCACCUUCAUUGUUCCUCUGUUUUGGAAGUUUCAAAGGUUUCUCAAUCUUGGAUCGAAGAAGUGGUGAAGAUGUUGGAGAAGAGGAGAUGAACCAGCGCAGCGUCGAAUUCGAUGGCAGCGAUUGGUUUACCGGGGGAGGAUGAUGGCCUCGGAAUUGGAGAAGCAAACAAGAGGUUCAAGAUCUGGAGGAAUCUCUGACGGGAGGUGCGGGACUGUUUUUUUGGUGGAUUUGGGAGUAACGGCGGCGGUUGGAGCACCUUUUCUUCGUCUUCCGCCGGAGACAACAGAGAGGAGUGGUCAAAUGAGUUGUUCUCACUUUAAUACAUUCCCUAAAUCCACGUCAGAUGAAUUUGGACAGAAGUACUCUACAGGUCAGCAUCUCCGUUUCUCCAGUCAGAUUUAACACUAACACCGUAAACAUUUGGACGGAAGUGGCUAUAAGUGGUAUUUCUUCAAAAUUGGCUAUUAUUGGCAAAACCGUGAAAGUUUUGGCUAUAAAGUAUAUUUUGCCUA